CGGGAGCUCUUCUGUCCGGGAGCGGCUCGUGCACCUGCGCGGUGCCCUCCAGACAAAGGCGUCCCAGCCGAGCCCUCGCCGUGAGGGAAAGGGGAUAUUGGUCCUCCUCUGACGUGUCUGGUGACCAGGAUGAGAACGCUGGGGCAUCGUGCUCUCUCGGAGGCCGGCAGGGGCAUUCUGGGAAAACUGGCCGAGGCCACCUAAAGGGUAAGCAUUUGUACCAAAGUGGGCGCCCCUAUGUCUAUCUGUGGUGCCUGGUCGAUAGAGGAGGCCACUGCUUUCCUUGCCAACAGUUUGCCACAAGCUGUCAACAAUGCCUUACCUUUACCUGUGGAUGACCUUCUCCCCUUUUUGGAUCCGUUAAAGCUUCUUCUGAAAACUCUGGGCAUUUCUGUUGAGCACCUUGUAGAAGGGCUAAAAAAGUGUGUGAAUGAGCUGGGACCAGAGGCCUCUGAGGCAGUGAAGAAACUUCUGGAGGCCCUGUCGCAUUUGGUGUGAUGGCAGCACUAAGCUCUGAUGGAGGAGAAGGGGAAGGUACUCCCCUUCUUGCGGGCUGGAACUCAUUCCGGCCUAAGAUGUGGUGACCCCUGAAAACAAUGAAUAAAGCAAUGAAUAGAUUUCA